UUUGUCUCGCCCAUUCACCCUCAUGUCUCAAAGCUUAAAAGUCCUUCUUUAUCCUGUCUCCUCCCCUAUUAUCUACUGAUUUAAAAAAAAAAGGGAUUUAACAGGUUACAUCAAUAAGGGAUCAUAGCUUUCACCUGGAUUUACCUGGUCAGUCUGUCAUGUAAAUGUUCCGCUAGUCCACCUUCACUCUGGUUUGUCUGCAGCAGGGCCAUCUCAGGGUGUUGGCUCUAAGCUAGGUUGUCUGUUGUCUGGGUCUGUCCAUGCUUGCCAGCUCCACCUCCCUAAAUUACCCAGCCAGCUCCAGCAAGGCAGAGUGAGAGGCUUCUGACACUGUGGCAGCAGCAGCCUCUCUGCAUGGAGGCUCACUAGUGGAGGAGGAGCCUGUCUGGCCUAGGGUGACAAUCCCUAAGGCGGUAGCCUGGGACGGAGGUGCAAUGUCACAAGCUGCAGACAUGAUUAAUGUGGCCUUCCUGACUGACUCGGAGCGGGAGCUGAUCCUGGAGGUGCUGCGGAGGGACGAGGAGCUGAGGCAGGCUGAGGAGCACCGUGUCCGGAAGCUGAAGACGGAGCUGCUGGACAUUAAGAGGAAGGGCGCCAAGCGUAGCAGUGGGACGUACAGUGAGCGCAGCUGCGGCCGCUGCCAGGAACUACUUGGUCCACUAUCUGCCGGCUCCAGCCAGUGUAGGGCAUGUAAACACCAAGUGUGCCACAACUGUCGCGCAGUGUGCCCCAAUGGAUCCUGGGUGUGCAGUGUGUGUGCUAAAGAGGCUGAUCUAAAGAAGUGCACUGGAGACUGGUUCUAUGACCAGCGAGUCAACCGCUUCUUCACCACCCCUGGACACGACAUAGUGAGGACUUCCCUCAAAAAGAGGCCCCCAUUGAGGAAGAGGGAGAACAUGGGAGCGCUCCUGUUGAAGAGUACAGAGUUGAACCCCAGCCAGCCCGUCUCCCCUGUUCCCCGACCCAGACUGAGGGACCUAGCAGCCUCCAACAAGGAUCUGCUAGACGAAGUCUCCGAAGAAUCCGUGGGAGUCAAGGAGCAACAGCAGCACAGGGACAAUGAGCCUGCAGAGAAAGCCAGCCUGAACAGUGUCAUGACAGAGACUGAGUCCUCUCUUGGGACUCCUCUCUUGCCAAGGAAGGAGGAGAGCACAGGACAGUCUAGUCCAACAGGGUCCAGUAUGAAUGUUCUAGUCAAAGCAGACCUCGUCAGUAGCCACAGCUCCACCUCAGAUGCAGACACGUCCUCCGUAGUAAAUAGUCGUAGUGUUAGUCCCUGCGCGGGGUCUGUCGCAUUGGAAGAUGGCGGCCUGUUCAAGAAGAGCGUCAGACGAGUUCAGAAACCCUCCGAAUUCACGUCUGUGCUGGACCUGCGUGAGGAGGGGGCUGAAGCCUCAGAGGGCUUUAUGGGUGACCGGAGCAAGUCGGUGCCUGGGCUCAAUGUGCCAGAUGAUGAGGAGGAUGAAGACAUUGAUAACUUGGUGAGCAUCCAUAGAAAGAAGGUGUGCUCAAGUACCUCAAAUCUUCGCGGCUCCAAGAGCACACUGGGCAGUCUGAUGAGUAUUUACAGUGAGGCAGGAGAUUAUGACAGCGUGGAGGUGAGCGGGGACAUCGUGUUCUCUAUCAGCUACGAUGACACCACCCAGAGCCUGGCCGUCCUCGUCAAGGAGUGUCACUCGCUGGCCCACGGGGAUGCCAGACGCCAGCGCUCAAACCCGUAUGUCAAGUGCUACCUUCUCCCUGACAAGUCUCGCAUUGGCAAGAAAAAAACCAGCAUUAAACAUAACACAGUGGACCCCACUUACAAUGAGACCCUAAAGUUUUCCAUCAGUCGCUCCCAGGUGCUCAAUCGUUCCCUCCAGCUCUCCGUCUGGCACCAUGCCCGCUUGGGCCGUAAUGCCCUCCUUGGAGAGGUGGAGGUGCCUCUGGACUGCAGGAACCUCGACGCAGGCCACGAGGAGUGUGCGGCGUUGGUGGGAAAAGCGUCACCACUGCAGUCCUCUGCCUUCUCUCAGUACAAAGGAGAACUGUUGAUUUCCCUGAAGUACGUCUCGACCAAGAAUUCACCCACUGAAAAGACCAAAGGCAAGAGACUCUCUCUAGGCAAGAAGACAAAGACGGAGCAGGGAGGGGAGUUACACGUCUUGAUCAAAGAGGCCAAGAACCUGACGGCAAUGAAAGCAGGGGACACGUCGGAUUCCUUUGUGAAAGGGUACUUGUUGCCAUCGAAGGCCAAGUCCACUAAGAGGAAGACUCCGGUGGUGAAGAAAACUCUGAAUCCCCACUACGACCACACAUUUGUGUACAAAGACCUGACCCUAGACCAGCUAAGUGAGAUGUGGCUAGAGCUGACAGUGUGGGACCGGGAGGCCAUGUCCAGUAAUGACUUCCUGGGUGGGGUUCGACUCAGCACAGGCACAGCCACACUGGAGGUUGGGAAGGAGGAAGUGGAGGCGGAUUCUACAGGGGAGGAGGUGACUCUGUGGCAGAAGAUGAUGCAAUACCCUGACUCGUGUGCAGAGGGCACUCUUCCAUUACGCUCCUCUAUGGGCAAGAGCAAGUGAAGACGCCACACUCUACCUCGUAACCUGAAAGAAGAGCUAUGGACACAGGGCAAUCCCUCAACUUUUUAUCACCAUCAUUCUAUAACAAAAAAAAAGAGUGUCAUAUAUACAGCUGUGUCUAACCUCAGGCACAAUUACGACACAUUGGCCUAAAACAAGUGAUUUGAAAGCAUAGUGUAAAUUCACCUGAUGGCUUCAGGUUUUUGAUAGAGGUAUCAUUUCGUAUUUUUAAAUGUAAGGUUGUCUAACUAUACAAAUACUUUUUGAGAUCAAUCGACACUAACCAAAGUUUUGAUCAAAUUUAACAACUCGUGUUUAAUUUACAUUUUAUCAUGUACUUAUUGAAGCUGAAUUCUAUCCAUGUUCAGCAAACCACUCAAUUAACUGUGGUGCUUCAUGGGGGUUGCUGGUGUUUCAGUUUCAGGCAGAAUCUCUGUUCCACUCUUAAGGCAUUGAACCAGUUUUGGUCCAUGUCACCUUGGGUUAUGAUUCAUGGUAAUUGAAAAACUACUGUGCCUGUGAUUUUAAAUAUGUAUGUAAAUAUUACCAGUUGCACAAAGUGAAGGAGACUAAUUUUAUUUCUCAACUUUUAUGCUCUUUUAUUUGAGUCCUAUGGCUGUAUCAAAUAUUUAAUUCACCAA